UGGUAUUAGUAUUAAUGUUAUCAAAAGGGAGACCUCAUUUCUAUUUAAGUCUCAAAACCACAUAUUAUAGAGCAUACCUACUCAUUUUUGCAAUAAUGGAGAAAACCUUCACAUUUUUUCUCUCAGUACUCUUCUUGCUUAUGGCUAGUUCAGUCAUGACCCAAACCAACAUUACCACUGAUCAAUUAGCUCUUCUCUCCUUAAAAUCUCUAAGUUGGUCUCCCGCUAUUUUUGUUUGUCAUUGGGUAGGAGUCACUUGUGGUUCUCGUCAACAACGAGUGAAGUCCUUGAAUCUUUCCAACAUGGCUCUUACAGGAGAGAUUCCCCAUGAAUUUGGAAACCUCUCAUUUCUUGUUUCUCUCGACUUGCGAAGCAACAAUUUCCAUGGAAAUUUGCCUCAAGAAAGACAGUUUGGUUUUUUACACCAACACAAGGAAGCAUGCGUCGGCUUAAGUUUCUUAGAUUAAGUGUCAACAAUUUCAGCAGAAAGGUUCCUUCUUGGUUUGGUUUUUUACACCAACUUCAAUUUCUAAGUCUUAGGAAUAAUAGUUUCACUGAUUCCAUCCCUUCUUCAUUUUCUAAUAUGUCUACGCUUGAGAUUUUAUAUCUAGAUUUCAAUUCCAUAGAGGGCCAAAUACCAAAAGUGAUUGGAAACCUUAUAAACCUUAGAGAACUAAGUUUGUAUGGAAACAAUCUCAUAGGCUCUAUUCCUCCAUCAAUCUCGAAUGCCUCAAGGUUGGAAACUUUGGAGAUAUCUGAUAAUUCACUUCAAGGAAAUAUACCAGAAGGGAUCGGCAAUCUUCACAACAUGAAAGUGCUAUCCAUACAAGCUAAUCAACUUACGGGUUCUAUACCAUUUACAAUUUUCAAUAUCCAAGAAUAGAAGUCAUUGCAUUUGCAGGCAAUAGCUUAUCAGGGUAUCUUCUCAAUGGUUUAUGCAAUGGUCUCCCAAUACUCAAAGGGCUUUAUCUGUCUUAUAACAAGCUUCACGGUCGUAUGCCUACAAGCUUGUCAAAUUGUUCACAACUUCAAAUAUUGUCUUCAUCAUAUAAUGAUUUAACAGGUGAAAUACCCAAAGUGAUAAGCAAUCUCAUUGAAUUGGAGGUAAUUAUUCUUGAGAAUAAUAGAUUCAGUGGUCCACUUCAAAUGGAGAUCUUCAACAUAUCAGGGCUGAGAAAAAUUGAUCUUUCAUUCAACAAUCUAUCAGGAAGCCUCCCACCAAACAUGUGUUCUAUCUUACCCAACAUUGAAAAACUUUAUCUGGCUUCCUUAACCAAUCUUGUUGGGACUAUUCCUAAUUCCAUCUCCAAUUGUUCAAAACUUACUGAUCUAGAGCUUACCCACAACCAACUCACUGGCUUGAUUCCCAAUUCUAUUGGAUAUUUGACUCAUCUACAAUAUCUAAAGUUAGCGGGAAACAAUUUAACCAGCGACUCAUCAUUAAGUUUCCUGACUUCCUUAACCAAUAGCAGAAAUUUAACAGUUCUUGAUAUAUCUUUAAACCCUCUAAACAGCAUGCUUCCAAUCUCUGUAGGGAACUUUUCUACGUCUCUUAUAAAAUUUUACACCAGUGGUUGAAAGAUCAAAGGGAGAAUUACAAAUGAUUUUGGGAACUUAAGCAGCUUAUUAUUCCUUGAUCUUACUGGAAACAAUUUGGUUGGAUCGAUUCCUACAUCAAUUGGAAACAAGAGAAAUCUUCUGUGCUUCGAUUUGACUAAAACAAAUUAACAGGAUUUAUUGAUCAUAUAUGUAAUUUGCAGCAUUUGAGUGAUAUUUACUUGGGUCAAAAUCAACUUUCAGGAUCUCUUCCUUAAUGUUUAGGGAAUAUUACUUCCCUUAGGGAGAUACAUCUGGGUUCCAACAAAUUGAGUUCCAAUAUACCAUCAAGCUUAGGGAACCUUAAAGAUCUGGUUGUUUUUGACUUGUCGUCAAACAACAUGGUUGGUUCUUUACCUCCAGAAAUCGGAAAAUUAAAGGCUGCAACACUUACAGAUCUGUCGAUGAAUCAAUUCUCAAAUGGAAUUCCAAGAGAAAUUGGAGGCUUGCAAAAUCUGGAAAACCUUUCUUUGAGACAAAACAAGUUACAAGGAGCUAUACCUGACUCAAUGAGCAACAUGGUAGGUUUGGAAUUCCUAGGCCUUUCUCACAAUAAUAUAUCUGGAAUUAUUCCUAAGUCUUUGGAGAAACUUCAAAACUUGAAGUAUUUCAAUAUUUCUGUCAACAAAUUGUAUGGUGAAAUACCCUCGCGGGGUCCUUUCAAAAACCUCUCGAGUCAGUUUUUCAUCCACAAUGAAGCAUUGUGUGGUUCUUCAAGAUUUAGUGUCCCGCCAUGCCACACUUCAUCAAAGCACAGAUCAAAUAGGAAAAAAUUUCUAGUUCUUUUUCUUUUGCUUGUAAUUGCAGUUGUAUUUGUUCCUAUGACCUUUGUGCUCCUAUGGAUAAUGUAUAGAAGAGGUAAGAGAUCUCCUCCACAAGCUGAGUCAUUGUCUACCGUAAGAAGAGAAAGAAUUUCAUACAAUGAAUUGCUCCAAGCAGCUGAUGGGUUUAGCGAGGGUAAUCUGAUUGGUUUUGGAAGUUUUGGCUCUGUGUUCAAAGGCAUUCUCAGAAGUGGAACUGCCAUUGCAGUUAAAGUGUUCAAUCUACGACUGGAUGCGGCAUUCAAGAGUUUUGAUACUGAAUGUGAAGUUUUGCGUAGCCUUCGCCAUAGGAAUCUCGUAAGUCAUUACUAGUUGUUCCAACCUUGAUUUUAAGGCUUUAGUUCUUGAGUAUAUGCCUAAUGGAAGUCUUGAUAAGUAUUUGUAUUCACACAACUACUUCCUAGACAUCAGGUAGAGGCUAAGCAUAAUGAUAGAUGUGGCAUGUGCUUUGGAAUAUCUUCACCAUGGGUGCUCAUUGCCUGUGAUUCACUGUGAUAUAAAGCCUAGUAAUGUCUUGCUGGAUGAGGAUAUGGUUGCCCACCUAAGCGACUUUGGCAUUUCAAAACUAUUUGGAGACGAUGAGAGUGAUUUAUACACUGAAACCUUAGCAUCAUUGGGUUAUAUUGCGCCAGAGUAUGGACAAGAUGGAUUGGUGUCUACUAAAUGUGAUGUCUAUAGUUAUGGAAUCAUGUUACUGGAAACGUUUACUAGGAGAAAGCCUAGUGAGUUUGAGGAAGAUCUUAGCUUGAAACAAUGGGUGAGUUAUUCUAUUCCUGAUGCAGUAAUAGAUGUUGCAGAUGCCAACUUGGUUCCACCUACAGAUAAUCACUUAGUGAAGAAGUUGGAUUGUGUGUCAUCAAUCAUGAAUGUCGCAUUAGAUUGCUGUGCUGAAUCUCCAGCAAGACGGACGAACAUGAAAGAUGUUGUAGGGAUGCUACAAAUGAUCAGACUUCAACUUCUCGCAUUGUUGAGCGUGCUCUUGGCAACUCUUGUUCCAAAUAACUUGAUUUGUUGCAAAUGUUUGCUAAAUAUUUGUUUUGAUAAGAAUAAUGUAUAUUUUUUGGCUAUAAAAGGAAUUUUAUGAAUUACCAAGGAA